AUGGCACCCGUACAGGCACAGGACCCGACCGAUGCGUCCAAGAAGAAGGCGCCCACCCCUCUACGAUCUAUCAUUGCUGGGUCAACUGCUGGAGCAAUUGAGAUUGGUGCGUUUGAAGCUCCUCCCUCGACUGACCUAUUUUUCUGUCCAUCAUCUGACCACUUUCUGCAGCCAUUACAUAUCCUGCCGAAUGUAAGCGAAGUCGGAAGCCGGAUGAAAUCUCUGUUCCUCUGCCUGAACCGAGCUGACUCAAAAUACCAACUCGACAUAGUCGCCAAGACUCGUUCCCAGCUCAACAGACGCCUGGCCGAGGGCCAGAAGUUACCAUGGCCUCCAUUUGGCAAGCAGUGGUACGCCGGGUGCACGACGCUCAUUAUUGGUAACUCGGCCAAAGCAGGAAUUCGCUUCGUCGCUUUCGACCAGUACAAGCGCUUGCUCGCCGACGCUGAUGGGAAGCUCACGGGUCCCAGGACGGUACUCGCCGGUUUUGGUGCCGGUGUGACAGAGUCCCUGCUGGCUGUUACACCCACAGAGAGUAUUAAGACGACUCUUAUCGACGACAGAAAGUCAGCCAAGCCCCGAAUGCGCGGGUUCCUACAUGCCGUCCCCAUCAUUGCACGCGAGCGCGGGCUGGCGGGCUUCUUCCAAGGCUUCAUUCCCACGACUCUCCGACAGUCGGCCAACAGCGCGGUCCGCUUCGGAACGUAUACUUCUCUACGACAGCUGGCUGAGUCAUGGACCGCCCCCGGAGAGAAGCUGGGCACAUUGGCGACGUUUACCAUUGGCGGCAUGGCUGGCACAGUCACGGUCUUUGUCACGCAGCCCCUCGACACGGUCAAGACGCGUAUGCAGAGUAUCGAGGCAAAGACCGUGUACGGCAACACGUGGCGCUGUGCGGCAUCGAUAUUCAAGAAUGAGGGCGUGCUCACGUUUUGGAGCGGUGCUCUUCCCCGCCUGGCUAGGUUGGUCAUGAGUGGUGGCAUCGUCUUCACCAUGUACGAGAAGUCCAUGGAUCUCAUGGGACGCCUAGACCCGGAGAUGAAGUACCUUUGA